AUGCUCACCUCGCAGGGAGGAUCCGAACCCUCCCUUUUGUCGUUGCCAAGGUUGGCUUCUCAUUCGGGGGACGCCGCUGCUGGUGCCGGCCGGUGGCAAGCAGGUGGGUCAGGGAAGGAUCAGUGUCGCACGCAAUGGAGCCGAUCCGAGCUGGUCACAACACUGGUCACAGAACAGAGAACAGGCUGGCACGCCUCAUUUGCCCAGCGAGGCUCGCGCGCAUUCUCAGCCGUCAGCGCGGACUCCUGCAGGCCGGGCCAAGCUGGCGGUGGCCCGGACGAUGGGACCAGCGCAGUCAGCCGGGGCCUGGGCCUGGGCCUGGGCUGGGCAUGCGUGGCCGUUGGAUAG